AUGGAGCAUUUCAAGAAGUGGUUACAGAUAAAUUCGACUGAACCUAUAGAAAAAAUGAUGGUAGACACGGACACGCAGGUGGACGCUGAUGCCAGUUCAAUAGCUCAGAAACCCGCGACUACGGAAUGUGGCACCCAGACGGACGCGUGGCAUGGCCCUCCCAGGGCAGUCAGGGUGACGAGUCUCGAGGGAGUUAACAAUUUUGCUGACUUCCAGAGACACUCUCUCUACGACUGGCCCGAGAAGGUCUUCAAAAAAACGACGAUCGAAGUUCUGAACCCGCUGGACUCUAAAUGUAAUGUAAAGGUCGUAGCCCUGGAACCAAACGACCCCAAAAUGAUGUUCUCCGUACAGAGAGUGUAUCGAGACAGGUACCCAGACUUACCAACCCUCGAACGAGACUUCGAGGUGCUGGAAAAUUCUACUACUGUAAGAAGGGAAGGGGAGAGAAGGACUAAAGUAGAGAAAGUCAUCAAGCUGUCGGCCAGCCAGCACACCCGAGCAACUCUGGCACGCUCUCGAGCGUGUCAGAGACGAGAUAAAACAGGAGGACUCGGUGGCUCUGCACCACAAAUCCAAUUGCUUAAUAUGGCCGAGGGAAUAAUAAAGUGUGAUGUUGGAAAUUUAACCAAAUCUGAGUGUCAUUUGAAUUCUUACACAAAAGAAAAGCACUUAUAUAAGCUUGAAAAACUUUCUGCAGAAGAAAUUGUUCUUCUUAAAUACAGAAUCGAUAACUAUUAUACAAUUUCAGAAGGAACUAUCUGCGACCACCAUAAAUGUAUAUAUUUGACAUAUUUUACAACCUUCAAGUAUAAAUGUUGUGAUCCUUUUACAAUUCAUCCAAAAAAUAUUACCACAAAUCUAAGAAUACUCCAACUAGAAACUUGUAAAAAAGCUAUGGAAAGUUUAUUAUUAAAAUUGAAACCUGGAGAUAAAAUUUGUAUAAAUUGCAUGAAAAUUUUGAAUGCUAAAACAGUAUCUAUGCAAGUAGAUUCACAUAUUUCAGAUCAAAUAGAUUCAGUUGAAAGUAUCAGUAAUCCCGAACCAAGACGUUCAGAAAGAAUACCUACACAUAAAGAUGUUUCUUACUGCGAUGAUGAAUUAUCUGAUAGUCAAAAAUCAGUUCAAAGUAAUGUUAGUGUCGUUUCUGAGUUUACUCUAUUGAGCCAAGAACAUCGAGACAUAAAUUCUGUAUUGAGUAGUCUCCAUAUGCUAAGUUUCGAUAAUCAACAGUUUAGUAAAACUAAAAGAAUUUAUGAUGCUGAAUUUCUCAUUCAAGGAGUUUGCACAAAUUUUGCUAAAAUAGUGGCUAAAGCUGGCAAUGUUAAUAUUUCAGUUCCUGAACCUGUAACUCGUAAUAUUUUAGAAGAUUCUUCUGUUCUCAAAGAAAUAUUUAAAAACCUACAACAUAAAUUUGAAUCAUCUACAACUCUUCGUGAAAGACUUGAAUACCUAGCAUUGCUCCCAAUAAAUUGGAAUAGACGUAAAAUUCGACAGUACUUCAAUUGUACUGAUUAUAUGUACCAAAAGCUUAGCAAAUUUAGAAAAAUGGAUGAUCAAAUAGAUUCAGUUGAAAGUAUCAGUAAUCCCGAACCAAGACGUUCAGAAAGAAUACCUACACAUAAAGAUGUUUCUUACUGCGAUGAUGAAUUAUCUGAUAGUCAAAAAUCAGUUCAAAGUAAUGUUAGUGUCGUUUCUGAGUUUACUCUAUUGAGCCAAGAACAUCGAGACAUAAAUUCUGUAUUGAGUAGUCUCCAUAUGCUAAGUUUCGAUAAUCAACAGUUUAGUAAAACUAAAAGAAUUUAUGAUGCUGAAUUUCUCAUUCAAGGAGUUUGCACAAAUUUUGCUAAAAUAGUGGCUAAAGCUGGCAAUGUUAAUAUUUCAGUUCCUGAACCUGUAACUCGUAAUAUUUUAGAAGAUUCUUCUGUUCUCAAAGAAAUAUUUAAAAACCUACAACAUAAAUUUGAAUCAUCUACAACUCUUCGUGAAAGACUUGAAUACCUAGCAUUGCUCCCAAUAAAUUGGAAUAGACGUAAAAUUCGACAGUACUUCAAUUGUACUGAUUAUAUGUACCAAAAGCUUAGCAAAUUUAGAAAAAUGGAUGGCUUUCCAGAAAAUAUCAAAACUUACUUAAGAAAAAAAUAUACGAUAAUUUCCGAGGAAUUACAAAAUCAGAUAAAAGAUUAUUAUGUAAGUAAUGAAAAUGUGUACACUUUCCCUGGUAAAAGAGAUUAUGUAAUAAGCCACGAUGAUCAAGGAAGAAACAUUUUGAUACAAAAAAAAUUAUUGUUAUAUACGGUACAUGAUUUGUACUUAAAAUUCAAACAAGAAUACAGUGGUAGUGAAAAGGUCCCAUCGUUUUCAUUUUUUGCAGCUUUGAAACCUGUUGAAUGCAUACAUGCAGGAGACCCUGGUAGUCACACUAUUUGUGUGUGUGCUCAGCAUCAAAAUGUAAAGCUUAAAUUAAAUGCAAUUUCAAAAAAACUCAAUUAUAGAGAUUUGUUAGCUGGUGCUGUUUGCAUUGUUGACGAGGAAAAGUGUAUGACUAAUCAAUGUAAAAAGUGUCCAAGACAAUUAGGUGUGCAACAAACUUUUGAAAAGAUUCUAAAAGAACUUGACAUUAAACUAUCAACGGAACCAAUAAAGUAUAAAAAUUGGAUAGAGGAAGGCAGUUCAGCUUUACUUCAAAGUUUUGAAGAAAAUGCAGAAUAUUUCAAAACACAACUUUGUAAAGAUAUAGAUGAUUUAACUUUUCAUCAUUUCGUAGCAGACAGCCAAAAAAGAUAUCUGAGUGAUUGCAAAAAUAAAUUAGAUUCAUACACGUGUAUCAUUUUAAUGGACUUUUCGGAAAAUUAUUCUUUUAUUAUUCAGCAAUCUGUUCAAGCAUUUUAUUACAAUAAUUCACAAGCAACGGUACACCCUUUUUGCAUUUAUUUUAAAAACAAGGAAAGUGAUCAACUUUUAAACGUAAAUUAUUGCAUGAUUAGUGACACUAAGGAUCAUUUGGCUUACACAAUAAAUGCGUUUACUGCAAAAUUAAUGGCCGAAAUUAAAGAGAAAUAUAGCUGGAUCAAAAAUGUCAUCUAUUUUUCAGAUGGAGCACCUCAGCAAUAUAAAAAUAAAGUUUUAUGGGUACCAAAUAAUGAGGUACAAAAAUAUGAGUGCCAUUUGCGCAAGCGUUUCAAUGCUAUUAAAACAUUUCCAAAUACUAGAAAGCAUCAUUCUUACAUUCCAGUAGAAGGAAAACAAAUGAUAAUGAAGUUUACCUCUUUUUCUGAAGAACAAAAAAUUAUUGAUAUAGAUUUAGAAUAG